AUGUCCGGUUCAGCUGACAGGACGAUCCAAUUGUGGGAUAUCGCAACUGGCGAGGCAGUGGGUGCCCCUUUCCAAGGGCACACUGGAUCUGUUCAGUCGGUUGCAAUCUCGCCUGAUGGUAAAUACAUAGUGUCUGGGUCAUCCGACAACACCAUCCGGGUAUGGGAUAUAGAAUUUCUCCACCGGUACUACCCUUCCACGACUGCAAUAUGUUUUUCACCUAACCCAAGCCACGCUCUUCGUUCUGCCCCCUCCUUUCUCAAAGAAACACCAGCACCAUACGGUCCGAACGAGGAGGGAUGGGUUGUCGGUCCCGAAGGACGGCUUCUUCUCUGGAUCCCGCUCAAUUUCUACCCGGCCACAUAUGCCCCGGGCAACACGCUGGUGAUAGCCAACAACGCCUUGCAGCUGGACUUGAGUUUUCUUGCACACGGCAUGUCUUGGCACGAGUGUCGGACACAGGACGCAGCGUCAUCUUCGUGA